AUUGUUUUUUUAAACAAUACUGCUAUGGAUCCGUUUUAUCAUUACAGGGACGCCUUUUGAUAAAAUAUUUGUUGCAACUGAUAAUGAAGUUAAAGGCUACACGAAAAAAGGAAAGUUGUUUUUGACUUUUGAUUCCGGAAUUACAGAAACCAUUAAGUCAAUGUAUGUUUUGGGAAGCGAAUUAAUUUUAUGUGGCAAACACAUCUUUAACCAUUACAGAGACUGUAAAGAACUUGGAUCAUAUUUAUGUGGGGAUAAAAUUACAGAUGCUAUUUCUAUGUAUUCACAAAAGACAAAGAGAUUUCUUUCUCUUAUUGCUUGCGAGGGUAGAAUGAUUCGUGUAAUAGAACAUGCCAGGGUAACGUUUAGCAUUGAAGUAGAAAAUUCACCAACUAUCUUACAAAUCGUUGAAGAAAACAACGAAAAAACGAUUCUUUUUGGUACUGUAGAUGGUCGAGUUGGUAUAGUUGAUGUGGAAGGUUCGCAAAGUUUUGAAAGAUGGCUUCUAGUAAACGACUCAAAUUCGUCAUCUAUUUCUUGCAUAGAUUCGUAUGAUUUGACAGGAAACAGCGCAAAAAAUCUUAUAAUUGGUCGGCAAGAUGGUAAUGUGGAGGUUUACAAUAUAAAUUUGUUUGACGUUGCUGAUAAACCAGUAUUGCUUUUUGAAAUUAAUUUAAAUGAAAGUAUUACCGCCAUUCAAACUGGUAUAAUUGGAUCCCAAGGAUUUGAAGAAAUUUUAGUAGUUACUUUUACUGGACGGGUUAUUGGCCUAACUACACAAACAAUAGACUCGAAUGUUGAUAAUACAGGAAGCUUUACUAAUGAUAACUCUCAACGGAUUUUAAAGUUAAAAUCUGAUAUUGAAGAUUUACAAAAUCGGGUAACCAAAGAACGAGAAAGUUAUCAAAACUCAACACAUUCGUUUUUUGACGAAUUUUCAGCAAUUUCAUUAUUGUCAAUUAAAGAUUCGUCAGGAAACAAAUUAUUAGCAACGUAUAGAUGUCAAAUAAACACAAAUCGUUUGGAAUUGAAGAUACGAACAGUGGAAGGGCAAAAAGGCACUCUACAAGUAUAUGUAACACCCUUAGUACAGCCAAAAUGCAGCAGAAACUUACAAUACGAUAUAAAAGCAUUGUCUUUGCAUUUUAGAAUUCAUAUUUUUGAUAGUAAAAGAUCAUUUAACAAGUUGAUAUUUAAAGGAGGAUUUAGCUUGGCAGAAAUUCAUUCCUGGAUCAGUAAUUGCUUACCGGAAGUUCCUGAAAAACCACAGGCCAAUGAGAAAAACGUCUUGUGGUUUGAAUCCAGUUUACUGAAAACGGUUUUACAGUGCACCUAUACUAAAAAUGAAGGCGAGUUUUUAUCAGACAAUAUAUCUACAAUUUCUAUAUUAAAGGACUUCUUGACUAUUGAAGCUACCAAAAAGAAAAUUAAAGUUGAGUUUGCCACUACAAUAUCUGAUGAUUCCAUAGAUUCAGUAUUAUACUUAAUAAAUGAUAAAAUUAUUAAACAACAGAAACUACAAAAAGAUGCGGCUCUUUUAAAUGCACUAAAUGAACUUGAGGUUACAAGUGAGGAAAAUUCCACUUAUUUAUGUAAAAAGUAUAAAGAUAUCUUGGCAAAUGAUAAAGACAUAUCCAGGCAAAUGCAAGAACAACAAGGUGACUUGGAUCGACUAUAUGGUACCAUAAGUGAUUUAUAUGUAAAUUACUUUAAGUUACAAGGAGCCAAUGUUAUAUCGAAACUACCUACACUUCUAAAAGUACUGGAAAACUAUUCUUAUGAUUCCUUACUUAAUUUUUUUAGACCUAAUAGAAAUGAUGAAUAA